UUAAGUACUUCUCGGAUGUCUCAGCGUGCUGACACUGCAGAAGAGACUGCCGUCAACCCGCACUUUGUUCACCAAUUGGUCUUAUCUUUCGUUGUACAUGUACAAUACCCAAAAUGUUUCGAAGCAGCAGCAGAAGUCAAUCGGAUCCCGUCGCGGCAUCGAGUGAGGCUUCACAACCUUCCACUUGGAGACCAUCACUCCGAGGCAUUAAGAAGGGUCUGUUCUCCAACAAGGACGAUCCUCAGUCGUCGAAAGACCCACGCAUCGGAACUGCAGCUACGACUGGUCCACCCUUGAGCGCAAGUCUACAAGAAGCAGAUGCAUACUUAACACGGACAACCUCCUUUGUAUCUUCUGGAUACGGACCUAGUAAAGCGUCAAGCUUCAAAAGAAGUCAGACGACAAGAGGUCGAGAACAGCCUAGAACUUCUCGGGAGCCAUUGGGGUCAAAGGGCUUUACAUUAAUAAAGCAGUCAGGCUCGAGAUCACAGAGACAUAGACCGACCGAGUCUCAAGGCGGACUUCUCUGCGACCUGGUUGACCUGGACCAACAAGAGACUGGACCAUACAUCCCCAAACACGCAGCAUCCGACUUCUCCAAAUCCACUCGACAAAAAAACCAAGGACAAAUCGUCAUACAACCUUCGUCAACGCCGUACACACCGACCCACGCAGCCUCCGACUUCUCGAAAAUCAAACUCGCACCCAAGAUGGCGGACGCAGCCGCGACACCCAUCCAAUCCCGCGACGCUGCACCCAUCACUCCUCCCGCGAAACUCGACGACAGCAACGACUACCAAGUCUUCCUUGCAGCCGCUCGACAAGCCGCAGCACGAACCUACAACACGACGGGAGUCAUGAGUCCCAACAGACCCAAACCCUGUCCUCAAGUAUCCCAGAAGAUGAAAGAGAUUGUAGCAAAGCACCAAGAAACGGUUAGACAGCGAGCGACCUCCGUGUCGCAGCAAUCGGUGGCGUCGAAGCCUGCGAGCAUAUUUGAUAAAGUGGGAGAGUAUAUUAAACCGAGUCGAGCGGAGAGUGUGUAUAGUCAGAGAACGGGGUAUUCGGAUGAGAAGAGUAGUACGAUGGGGAGUGUGACUUCUCGUGAGAGAGCAGGGAGGAAGGUGUCGAGGGAUAAGAGGAGUUUUUCGUGAGGAAUGGAGAAGAGAUGGAGCAUCGAGUGAGCUGUGAAAGUGGUGUGGUUCUGAAUCUAGGAGUCUUAGGGAUGGGUUAUGAUAAUGAGUAAUGAAUUUCAUUUGUUCUCGGUUCCUGUUCAGUUUAUAUAUUCUAAAGAUGGAAGUUUAGAGGAGGGCGUAUAUUACAUGGGUUCCGCAAGUGCGAUAUU